AUGGAGGAGGAUGAGCCUCUUGAGGCCGAGACAACAGAUGAGGCUGAGUCUGCACCCGCGCCCCAGGACAGUGAUGAGACGCUGUACUGCGAGGCCGAGGCUCCCCUGACGGUUGAAAAGGAGAAGCCGGUCUGGGAAAGCUCAGAAACGGACCUGGAGAUUGAAGAUUCGGAGAAAUAUUUCACCACUGGUCAGACGGAGCUGUACCUGGAGGCCUGCAAGCUGGUGGGCGUGGUGCCUGUCUCCUACUUCAUCCGGAACAUGGAGGAGACCUACAUGAACCUCAGCCACCACGGGCUGGGGCCCAAGGGCACCAAGGCGAUCGCCAUCGCCCUGGUGUCCAACACGUCCAUCAUCUGCCUGGAGCUCGAGGACAACUGCAUGAUGGAGGAGGGCGUCACCAGCCUGGUGCAGAUGCUGACGGAAAACUACUACAUCCAGGAGCUGAACAUUUCCGAAAACAACCUUGGUUUGGAGGGGGCCAGAGUCAUCACAGACUUCCUACAGAAAGAUGUCUCUGCGCUCUGGAACCUCCAGCUGUCAGGAAACAACUUCAAGGAAGAAGCUGCAGCGCUGCUCUGCCAAGCCCUCUCUUCCAAUUACCGAAUUAAGAAACUGGAUCUGAGCCACAACCAGUUCUCUGACAAGGGAGGCGAGCAGAUGGGACAGAUGCUGGCCCUCAACAUAGGGCUCCAGGUGCUGGAUCUGAGCUGGAAUGAAAUCCACACACGGGGCACUGUGGCAUUGUGCAAUGGUCUCCGGGCCAAUGUGACCCUGAGGAUACUGGACCUCUCCAUGAAUGGAUUUGGCAAUGAAGGGGCUCAGGCCCUAGGGGAGGUCAUCCGGCUCAACAGCUCCCUGAUCUACAUCGAUGUCAGCAGCAAUGACAUCUCCAACGAUGGAGCGUCCAAGAUCAGCAGAGGACUGGAGUUCAACGAAACCCUCAGUGUCCUGAAGCUUUUUCUGAACCCCCUGAGCAUGGAGGGAGCUGUGUUUCUCAUCUUGGCCAUCAAGAAGAACCCCAAGUCCAGGAUGGAGGAGCUCGACAUUUCCAAUGUGCAGGUAUCUGAGCAGUUCGUGAGAACCCUGGACGGGGUGUAUGCCAUUCACCCCCAGCUGGACGUGAUCUACAAGUCAGUGCAAGGCCUCUCCGCCAAGAAAACUGCCUACCUGUGGACAAACCCCAUGAAGCUGAUCCAGAGCUACGCGGACCAGCAAAAGAUCACCAUCCUGGACUUUUUCAAGACUUUGAGCCCCUCUGGAGCGGUGAAGAUGUCAGUGGGGCAGUUCAGGAAGAUGAUGCUGCAGCAAAACAAGGUGCCGAUGAACCGACACCAAAUCCGGGAGCUGGUAAAGAAGCUGGAUGAGAAGAGUACAGGCAUGGUGAACCUCAGUUCCCUGAAAACAUAGCCACAGGUCUGGUCGGAAAGAAAUCGCCACUGGACGCAAAAG